AUAUCAAUAAGCCAUCCAUCAAUACUUUUAUUCCUUUUCUUCUUCUUCUUCUUCAUCUUAUCUUCUACUUUUCUUCAUGUUCUUCUUGAAGAAUUAGAAUUGAUGGCAGUUAACAGCUAUUCUUCAGCUCAAAUCUCACUUCAGAAACAUGGUUCAUUUCUGAAAUAUGCCAGCAAAGAUUUGAAGUCCAAACACUGCUCUGUCCCACAGAAAAAAGCACCAGUUGGUCCAGUAGCAUUUAGAAUCACAGCAUCCAUCAAGAACAAGAUUUAUGAGGACAAAUCUCAGGGCAUAAUUUGCUAUGAAGAUGAGAGUGGAGAAAUAAUUUGUGAAGGAUAUGAUGAAGGGCCUCGUUAUCAACGAAUUCCAAGGCCAACCCAUCAUCCAAGGGAUGUUGAAAUCAUGAAUCUUGUGCAACAACAAAGUUGGCUGCAGAUUGUUAAAGGGGAAGAAAUCAACCAUUUAGCAAAAGGAGUUAUUCGUCAACAAGAGGAUUUAAACUACAACAGAUGGCUUUAACUUGUCCAAAACCAAUCAGGCUUUUGUCACACUCAAAAACCUUAACAGUUACAUGCAGUGCUAAUUUGUAGCAGAAAGGAAUAAUAGCACAAAUAUAUGCUGUAAUUGGUUAAUCAAAUAGGACAAGUUCUUUCCUCAGAACAAAGUUCAUGAAAGUUGUAAAAAUUGACAGUGGUGAAUGGAGAUGCUUUUCUUUUUCAA